GUGUGAAGAAGUCUGCAGUGAGAGAAUGUGUCGAUGAGUCAUCCUCCUCUUCCUCGGGUAUGGAGGUGAAGUGUUCAGACUCGGUGCGUCUGGUCUCGGGGCCCAGUCUGUGCUCAGGAUCAGUGCAGAUCUGGGACCAGUCCUGGACCUGGGUCUGUGAAGGGGCCUUGGACCAGCAGGGGGCAGAGGUGCUGUGCAGGGAGCUGGGCUGUGGGGCUCCUUCUCUCCUCCAGGGGGCGCUCUCUCCUCUGAAGCAGAAGUUCCAGUGUGAGGGCCAUGAGUCUGCUCUGAUGGACUGUCCCCGCUCCGGCUCAGAGACCUGCUCCUCUGGAGCCGCUGUCAACCUCACCUGCUCAGAGCCACUCAGGCUGGUGGGAGGGGCCAGUCGCUGUGCUGGGACUGUGGAGGUGAGACACAGAGGAGAGUGGAGACGGGUGGAGCCCUUUGGACUCUGGUUCCUGGAGGACACAUCUGCUGUGUGCAGAGACCUGGACUGUGGCUCUGCUGUUUAUAGAGAACAGAGACAUGAUUUUCCACAGAGUCCAGUGUGGAGGGUCGAUUCUGACUGUGUGAAGACGUCUGCAGUGAGAGAAUGUGUCUAUGAUUCAUUCUCCUCUCCCUGGGUGCGCCCUCUGCUGGUGUCCAGUCCGUACGCCGUGUGCACUGUGCUGCUGGUGCUGAUCCACAGGGAGCAGCGUCGCACAGGAAGUCCACACCUCGUUUCCAUGGAGACGGGCCAGCAGGAGGAGGAGUAUGAUGACAUCGACGCUGAGGUCACCACCGAGCACAGCUUCUGA